UUUACUGAAAUGGGCCAAAGAAGGUUGUUUCUGCGCCUCCUAGUCGCAUUGCUCUGCUGUGUGGCGAGCAGAUCACAUUCCCUGCAGCUGACUAACUGUAACGUCAGCGAGUUGAGCACACUGAACAACGUUGAAUCGCUGACCUCGUUGAGUCUGUUGCACUGCAACCUGCCCCAAGUGAGGGCAAAUCUAUUCCAGCGCUACGCUCAACUGUUGCGUCUCGAGUUGUCGCAUUGCUCGCUCACCGAUUUGGCCAAAAGUGCCCUCAAUGGUUUGCAACGUUUGCGGCGUUUGUCGCUGGCCCACAACAAUAUCAGUGAGAUUAAAUCGUGGUCAGAGGAAACAUUGGCUGGACUCAGUUCGCUUGAUGUGAGUCACAAUAGAAUUGUGCAGUUAGCGGCAUUGAGCUUUGCGGCUUAUCCACAACUGCAGGAACUCAAUUUGGGGCAUAAUCUCAUCACAAAAUUAGAGCCGGACUCGUUCCAUGGUCUUCAGCAUCUGAAGCAAUUGCAACUGCAAGAGAAUCGCCUUCAGCAGAUUGACGGUAAAUGCUUUCAUGGUCUGCCUCGACUUCACAGUCUCGCUUUGCAGCAUAAUCAGAUCAAUCAUGUGGCGGUUGCAGCUUUUGAGAGCAACACACAUCUCCGAAGUUUGCGGCUGGAGUUUAAUCAAGUUAGCAACAUGCAAUUCCUGCAGGAUCCCGGACUCUCGCGGCUGGUGCUAUUGAAUCUGUCGAGGAAUACUCUAUCUAAUCUGGCACCUUUGACAUUUUCACAAAAUGUUGAACUCCAGUAUUUGGACUUGAGUUUCAACCAGCUGAGGCAGCUCGACAACGAUAGUUUCAUCGGUCUGGACUUGCUAGAGCACAUCAAUGUCAGUCACAAUAACGUGGACGAGAUCCAUGGAGACUGCCUUGAACCACUCAGCACACUGCAACAACUUGACUUAGGAUAUAAUCAGUUGUCUUCACUGCCCGACCAAUUAUUCGAGACGACAACACAACUUAGAUCCAUCGAUCUGACACACAAUAAACUGGAGAAGUUGCCGCUGCACUUGCUCAGUCAAUUGAUACAUUUGAAUCGAUUGAAUCUUGCCGAGAAUCGACUCGAUAAUGCCGCCUGGUUGCAACAUUUGGCGGCAGCUUUGAAUCGUUUAGCACUUCGAAUCGAUCUCAGCUCGAAUCACAUUCGAUCACUCAACCUUAGCAGCUUGGCGCUGUUUGAGCAUGUCUAUCUAGCGGAUAAUCGUUGGGAUUGCAUGUGGCUGACCAGAAAUAUGCUGAGAACGCCGCCAGCCACCUUGAGUUUUGAUCGUUCUUGGCCAAUGUUGAGUGCCUGGAGCGAGGAUUUGAUGAAUGUCCGUGGCAUCGAUUGCUUCGAUGGCGAACAGAAUCGAUCCAUUGUGCUGCUCGAUGUUGGCUUCGCCAGGCAACAGCAGUCCAAAAGCUGCAACUGUGAGGUAAACGGCGAUGAUAUCAGCCCACUGACGCCACCUUUGACCUGGCCUAAAAUUCGCACAGACCGCUUCGAUUCGCGAUCGGUAAUCAUCUGGAUGCUGGUGGCCAUUGCUUUGGCUUUUUCUGGCUUGCGGUGGGGUCAGCGCUUCAUGGAUCGCAAGGAAGUCACUAAGAAGCUCCAAAAAAGCCAACGAUGAGCAAGCCAACAAAGUGGAUGAGGAAGCACAACGUCUGCGAAACGGGCGAGAACGAUGAUAAUACAAAGAAAGGGGAACAAAGUUCAA